GCGAACAACAACAUUCCAGUAGUUUAAGCUCUCCUUCAUUUUAAUGCUAGCUCAUAUGACCUUCAAAGGAGUGCUAAAAGAGGUUUAAUGACUUCAUUCCCAAAAUCACAACUCCAAAACAAGACGUGACACAAAUAUUUUUCCUUCUUCACAGCUUAGAAUUCAUGGCGCCACAGCAAUGGACAUUCGCCAUUCUUUCCAAGUUCCGUACGCAAGCUAGGGCUUUCAUAACAUCAACAGCUUUACAGAACUGGCGUUCUAGUUAUGUCUCUCCUGUUUGUGAUGUGCAAAAUCAAUGCUCAAGCUUCAGUUCUCACCUGUCACAGAAAUUUCCUUUUCCAAAUGGGAGCCUGAUGUCUGUCUGGAUCCCUAAUUUUCAGAGAAGCUAUUCUUCAAAAACCGGUGUGAAUGUGGUUGACACAGAUGAAAAUAAAAUAACUAUAGGGCCACAGAAAUCUGCCGAGACUGAGAGGGAUAAUCAUGUUGUAUAUUAUGGUCCUAUCUCUGAAACAAUUAGAAGGGUUAAACUUCUAUCACUUUCUACGUGCUGCUUGUCUGUGUCACUUGGUCCUGCUGUUACUUUUCUUACGUCACCUGACAUGAAUGUAAUUUUAAAGGGGGCUAUUGCUUCUAGUGUUAUUUUUAUCAGUGCAUCCACCACUGGUACCCUGCACUGGUUCGCUAGUCCUUAUGUUCACAAGCUCAAAUGGCAACCUGGCUCUGACAGCUUUGAGGUUGAAAUGUUAUCAUGGUUAGCAACAUACGUACCAAGGACAAUUCAAUUUUCUGAUGUUAAACCUGCAGAGACAAAUAGACCAUAUGUGACAUUCGAAGCAAAAGGAAAUUACUACUUCAUUGAUGCUGACCGAUUCCCAAAUAAGGCUUUGCUUGCAAAACUAACUCCAAAGCGCCCAACUCGAACCUUAAAGAAUUUAUAAGAGAUCUUAUGGGGGAAGAAUGUAAGUGGCAGCAUUAUUACCAAAUCCAGCCAGAUCCGGCUUGUUUGGACUGGUAGGAUUUGUUUGAUGUGGUCCGGAAUUUUCAGUUCCUAUAAAAUUUUGACUAAUUUAUUGGAAAAUUCAACAUUUCCAAAUUUUUUGGCCUUCCAAAUGAACUUAUUUUUUCAACCAUUGUAACUAUGUUCGGCAGAUAUAUUGCAGUUGUGCCAUGCAACAUUGUUGAGUUUUUUCUCGGAUAAA